UCUUGUUCCUCCCCUUCUUUACCUUCCAUAUGUUGUUCAUCAUUGAUUGGGCAUGAAGUUUUCUAUGAGUAUAUAAAUACGGACUCCUCGGUUCCUCUGUCCAUCUUCUUCAGCGUUUUGGCUUGUUCGAUUUUGUGUUAUCAUCAUCCUCCUCCUUGCUUUACCGGCAAAAACCCUCGCUCUCACACUUUGCUAUUCUUCCAAUGAGCAGUGAUCAACUCUCUCCUAUGUACAGGAACAGAGCCUCUUUUGGGAUGAAACACCGGUUUUUUGACCAGCCGCACCACCACCGGAGACGAGAUCGACCACAAGGUUCACCACUGUCCUGCACCAGCACCACCCAUCGUAGACCCAAUUUCGUAAUCGAACUUCGGGCUCAGAACAAAGAUCACAACAGCUAUAAUCGUCAUGAAAUCGUAUCUUUGAUGGGGAUAUUCAAGUGCGGCCCUGACGAUUUUUUUAUUUACGAAAAGGGUGAAGUUGCAGCUAGGUUUUUCUACCAGCAGUGGUCUAAUGCGCUUGAAACGGUUGUCUAUUUGUGGGAUGUUUUAUUGAACGGAGGUCUCUCCUUUACGCCGAGGCUUGUACGGAACUUGAAUGUUCCUUCUGAUACGGAUGAGUUAUAUUCGCGGCUUAGGGUUUUGUUUAGCGACCGAAUAAGAGAGUUUAUGAAAGGGGAGUUGGUGAUAAAAUGGGAGAGGAAGCUUGAGGAAGUUACCAAUGAAAUUGCUAAGCUGGAUGUGUUGCUAAAGAAGCCCAAGAGAGUAUCGAUACAUAGUGAGUUAUAUAAGAAGAAGGAAGGGCAUGUACGUGAGAGAACUUUGAUUGAUAGGAGGAUUAGAGAGUUUAAGACUGGAAUGGAGUGUAUUCUUGAUUAUGUCAAUGGGAAGGUGUUUGACACUUGUGUUGUUAAGGUGUUAAUGUUGAAAGAUAAUCUUGAUUGGAGCAAGAUUUACUGGUUGAUGAAGAGGGAAUGCAGGAGACUUGAUGAUGGGUUGCCUAUAUAUGCUGAUCGGAAGGACAUUCUUUGGCAGAUUUACCGUCAGCAGAUAAUGGUGUUGAUUGGAGAGACUGGUUCGGGAAAAAGUACACAGCUGGUUCAGUUCCUUACUGAUUCAGGAGUGGCUGCUAACAAGUCUAUAGUUUGCACUCAGCCUCGCAAGCUUGCUGCCAUGUCAUUGGCAAAUAGGGUUCAGGAAGAAAGCCGUGGUUGCUGCCAGGAUAAUUCAGUUAUUUGUUCUUCAACAUACUCAUCUUUUCAGCCAUUUAACUCGAAGGUGGUAUAUAUGACAGAUCACUGCUUACUUCAGCACUACAUGAAUGAUACCAAUUUUUCGUGGAUUUCUUGCAUCAUUGUUGAUGAGGCUCAUGAAAGAAGCCUAAACACCGAUCUUCUUUUAGCAUUGGUUAAGAAGUUACUUCAUCGGAGGUCUGAUCUGAAGCUUAUUAUAAUGUCUGCAACAGCUGAUGCAGAACAGUUGGCGAAAUAUUUUGAUGGCUGUGGUACGUAUCAUGUGGUGGGUAGAACUUUCCCAGUUGAUAUUAGAUACGAUCCUGGUAUAUCCGAUGCUUCUUGUGAUUCUCGUUUUGUUGCACCUUAUGUUACUGAUUUGAUGAGGAGGGUGGGGGAGAUCCAUAGAAUGGAGGGAGAAGGGACGAUCCUUGCUUUCUUGACUUCUCAAAUGGAGGUAGAAUGGGCUUGUGAACAGUUUAAAGCUCCAUCAGCUAUUGCAUUGCCUUUGCAUGGAAAAUUGUCUCAUGAGGAGCAAUACCGUGUGUAUCUGAAUUAUCCCGAGAAGAGAAAAGUCAUAUUUUCUACUAAUCUUGCUGAGACAUCGCUAACAAUACCGGGAGUCAAGUUUGUAGUUGAUUCUGGCAUGGUUAAGGAGAGUAGGUUUGAACCCAGCACUGGCAUGAAUGUUCUUAGAAUUUGCAGGAUUAGCAAAAGUUCUGCUAAUCAACGUGCUGGGCGUGCUGGAAGAACUGAGCCCGGAAAGUGUUAUAGGCUCUAUGGAGAGAGCGAUUUCAGAUCUAUGCCUGCUCAUCAGGAACCUGAAAUACGUAGGGUUAAUCUUGGUAUUGCAGUCCUCAGGAUUCUAGCUCUGGGUAUUCAUGACAUCGAGGGUUUUGAUUUCAUUGAUGCGCCUAGCAAUUCAGCUAUCCAGACUGCAAUCAGGAGUCUUAUCCAGUUGGGUGCCGUUAAACUGGAAAAUGGUGUUUACAAGUUAACCAAAGAUGGUAGGAAUAUGGUGAAGCUAGCAAUCGAGCCUAGGCUUGGUAAAAUGAUUUUGAAAAGUUUUGAAAACAGGUUGGGCAGGGAGGGGGUUGUUCUUGCUGCGGUUAUGGCAAAUUCUAGCAGCAUAUUUUGCAGAGUUGGCAAAGAGGAAGACAAGCAAAAAUCCGAUUGCCUGAAGGUGCAAUUCUGUCAUCGCAAUGGCGAUUUAUUCACUUUGCUGGCUGUUUACCGGAAAUGGGAGCAAGUUCCUAGUGAUAAGAGAAAUCAAUGGUGUUGGGAUAAUAGCAUAAAUGCAAAAUCCAUGCGCAGAUGCCAAGAAGCAGUGCACGAAAUGGAAAGUUGUCUUGAACACGAGCUUAAUAUCAUUAUCCCCACUUACUGGCAUUGGACUCCAGAAGUGUAUGCUGAAUCUGAUAAAAUUUUAAAAAAUGUCAUACUCUCUGCUUUAGCCGAAAACGUAGCAAUGUACACUGGAAACGACAGUCUCGGUUAUGAAGUGGCGUCAACAGGAAGUUGCGUUCAGUUGCAUCCUGCAUGUUCUUUACUCAUCUUUGGUGAAAGACCAAGUUGGGUGGUCUUUGGGGAAAUUAUUGCAAUGCCCAAUCAGUACUUGGUCUGUGUUACUUCCAUUGACUUUGAGUCAUUGCAUACUCUUUCCCCCCUUCCAUUUGAUAUUUCACAGAUCAACAGUCGGAAACUGCAAUCAAAGGUUUUAACAGGUUUCGGAAGUACAUUACUGAAAAAGUUUUGUGGGAAAUCCAACUCUGGCAUGAAACAACUUCUUUCCCACAUCAAGGAUGCCAUCAAAGAUAACCGAAUUGGGCUUGAAGUUUCUUUUGAUCAUAAUGAAGUUAACUUAUUUGCAUCAUCCGAACACAUGGGACAGGUCUCUGAUUUUGUAAAUGCUGCAUUGGAGCGUGAUGGAAAGUGGUUACGGAAUGAAUGCCUGGAGAAAUGUCUGUACCCCGACAGGCAUACAUUGCCUCCUGUAGCUCUUGUUGGUGCUGGUGCUGAAAUAAAGCAUCUGGAACUGGAAAGAAGAUGUCUUACGGUUGAUAUAUUUCUUAAUGGUCCAAAUGAUGUUGAAGAGAAGGAACUUCUCUCUUUUUUGGAGAACCAUACAGCUGGCAACAUUUGUGGCUUUCAUAAGUUUGGUGGGACCAGUCAAGAUACCGAUAAAAAUGAAAAGUGGGGCCGGGUAACGUUUCUUACAUCCGAUGCUGCUGAGAGAGCUACAAAAUUGAGUCAAUUUGACUUCAAAGGCGCGUCUCUGAGAGUUGUUCCGUCAAGAAACACAUUUGGUGGAGAAAGCAAAUUUUCAUCAUUUCCUGCUGUCAAAGCAAAAGUGUCGUGGCCCCGCAGGCCCAAUAGGGGAUACGCUUUCGUUAAGUGUGGAAGUGGAGAUGAUGCUUUGGCCAUGGUUAAGGACUUUUCAGAUGUGGUAAUCGGGGGGAAGCCUAUACGCUGCAAACAGAGCAUGAAGGAUGUGGACAGUGUUAUGUUGACUGGAAUCGACUUAGAUAUAUUUGAAACCGAGCUUUUUGAUGCAUUAAGUUCUUUAACCAGUAGGAAAAUUGUGGAUGUGAGCCUUCCCAGAGGCAACGCCGCAGAACAACCCUCAGUUAUCAAUCUUGAAGAAGCACUUUUGAGAGAAAUCAGUUCAUUCAUGCCUGGAGGGAAUUCCAAAAAUGAAUGUGUUCGUGUUCAUAUCUUCCCUCCCGAAAAAUUUGAUUACUUAAUGAAAGCUGAAAUUAGUUUCGAUGGAAGUUUGCAUUUGGAGGCGGCAAGAGCUUUGGAACAGAUCGAUGGGAAAACAUUGCCCGGAUGUUUAGCAUGGCAGAAGAUAAAAUGUCAGCAGCAGUUUCAUAGCAGUGUUUUCUGCCCUGCACCUGUUUAUAUGGUUAUCAAGGAGCAAUUGCAUUCUUUACUCAGAAACCUCAAGCUUCGGAAAGUAGCCGAGUUCUUUUUUGAACGGAACGAGAAUGGUUCAGUUCGUGUCAAAAUAUCUGCAAAAGCUACGAAAAUAAUGGCAGAGUCGAGGAGGCCUUUGGAGCAACUUAUGAACGGAAGGACCAUAAUUGAUGCUCGCCUCACUCCACCAGUUUUACAACUUACCUUUUCACGAGAAGGAUUCAGUGUUCAGAAAUCUAUUCAACGUGAAACAGGUACUUUUUUCCUCUUCGACAGGCAUAACCAUAGCUUCAGAGUUUUUGGUCCGUUAAAUAAGCUCGAUAUUGCACAUCAGAGAUUGGUUCAGUCCCUUGUUGCACUUUAUGAAAGCAAGCAACUUGAUGUUCAUCUUAGAGGAGCCACUUUCCCACCUGAUCUAAUGAAGAAGGUGGUCGAAAAGUUUGGGCCCAAUCUUCACGGGCUCAAGGAAAGAUUCCCUGGAUCAGAGUUCACGCUGAACACUCGGCAUCAUAUCAUAGCCAUUCGUGGUAGUAAAGAAUUGAAGCAAAACGUUGAAGAAAUGAUAAAUGAGAUCGCAAAGAGCAGUGCUUAUCCUAGUAAAAAAGUGGAAGGUCAGACUGCCUCCUGUCCCAUAUGUCUGUGUGACGUCGAGGAUGGUUACACCCUCGAAGGGUGUAACCACGAGUUCUGCCGGAUGUGUUUAGUGGAUCAAUGCGAAUCCGCCAUCAAGAGCCACGAUGGUUUUCCAAUGCGGUGUGCCCACGAGGGUUGUAACGCGAUGAUUUUACUGGUGGACCUCAAAUCGCUAUUAUUAGCAGAGAAAAUGGACGAACUUUUCAAAGCAUCUUUGGGGCAUUUUGUGGGAUGUAGCGGUGGGAAGUAUCGGUUUUGCCCGUCACCCGACUGUCCAUCGAUUUACGCGGUGGCAGAAGACGGGGAUUCUGGGCGGCCGUUUACAUGUGGGGCAUGUUCUGUGGAAACGUGUACUCGAUGCCACCUGGAGUACCAUCCGUUUCUGACGUGUGAAAGAUAUAUGGAGUUUAAGCGGGACCCAGAUUCGUCGUUGAAAGAGUGGAUGAAGGGGAAGGAAGAGGUGAAGAAAUGUCCGGUUUGUGGGUGGACGAUCGAGAAGUUUGAUGGGUGCAACCAUGUGGAGUGCAGGUGCGGGCGACACAUUUGCUGGGUGUGCCUUGAGCAUUAUAAGAGCAGUGAAGAGUGCUAUGGCCAUUUGAGGAACAUACAUGGUGCAAUCGUUUAAACUUUAUUAUGCUUUACUUUCUUUCUUUUUAUUGCAUGCACAUAUAAAUAGAUAUGUAAAUAGGUGUAAAUAGUUUGGUCAUCCUAUCCUUGGUGCAAUAAUAGCAGCUUCUAUCUUCCUUC